GUCACUCUCUUCACGGCUUUGAAAUUUUAUUAAAAAAAAGUUCGACAGUCAAUUUUUGCGUGCUUCCAUUAUCGAUGUAAAGCAUUUGUAAGUGCAAAAAAGUAAAAUUAGUGCAUAUAUCGAAUCGCUCGAAGUGUAAAUCCAUCGAAAUACAGCGGAAAAAAAUCACGUCUAAAGUGACCAUCGUAUGGUUUACGCGCAUUUUGUCGUGCAUCGCAUACGAGAAACACACAAACGAAACAAAUAUUAAAUAAAAACGAAAAUCCAUGAGCACAAUUGACGCGUCCAGUGCUACUUCAUAUAAUUGUUAUUGCACGAAAGAAAGAAAACAUUUUUGUUGUUGUUAUGAUCUGUUGACUGCGCUUUAUCUUCCAUUUGGCGAAUGAGACAUAAAAAUCAAUCGAUUAUGCCAAAAAAAAUAUGCCUUAAAUAAAUCGACUGUAAAAUGAAUGUAACUGUAAACAAAGCAAUGAAUGCGAGGCGGUUAAAAGUUUUGGUGAUACAAAUUAAAAUUGCUGUGUAAUCGAUAACAAAAUCAAUCGAUAUUUGGCAACGAAAAGGAAGGACAGAAACAUAAAAAAAUAAUAAUAUAGAAUAACAGGCAUCGAGAGUGAUUUGGAACGGAUCCAUUGGGAAAGACUGACACACAUAUAUGUACAUAACAUCUCACAAAUACAUAGUGUCUAUAGAUAUCCUUCAGGCGCCUUCAUGUUGUUGUUGCUCUUGAAUUCAUGGUUACGCGCGUGUGAUGGAGCAAAACGAAUGACAAAUAACAACGAAUUACAUGGCUUAUGUAUUUUGGCUGCCUUGUUAACAGUACUGUGUCAGUGUCGAUAGUUCAAAUUAUUUUCGUUCACUUUUGUGUGUUCGUCAACUGGUUUUUUUUUCCUUCUUGUUCACCGUGUUAACAUAUAUGAAUGAAUUUGCGUGGGCCAUACACAAAUUCUAUAAUUCAUCCACAGAGUUGGAAAAAUCUCGUUGUUAAGUAUUAGUGAAAAGAACGGUGUUUAUUAUUGAGAAUAAUGGAUAUGAAUGGUUCGCACGGAGCAAAAUAUAUUUCAGUGACGAUAACACGCAAUCUAAUUUACAUACAUCAAACGGGCAAUUGAUCUUAUUGGGCCCAAACACAAAUUUAUGUGUGAAAUUCGUUUCUUUUUUGAUACGAAUAAAUUAACCCAAGCUGCACGAAUUAAGGAAGCGCUACCCCAUAAAAGAAACGUAACACUUUUUUUUGCGCAUGAAAUACACACUCUUCCUGUCGUUAUAUACAUUUAAAAUAAACUAACAUUUCUUUCACGUAUCGAUUCAGUUUUGAGAAGUAACCAAAAACUACACACAAAAAAAAUGUAUAAUAAGUUAAAUGGCUACACUCCAUUUAGGUCGAGUAGCGGCCGAAUGUGGGGAAUGUCACAUUCGAUGCCAACGGGAAUGGAUACCGAUUUUUCAUCACAGUAUUUGUCGCGGCAUCGAUUUGAUUAUCCAUCGAGUAGUAGUUCCUUUGGCGCCGGCGCAUACAUGUCUACAUCAAGCUCACAUUCAUUAGGUAUCGGUGGUAAUGCCGAUACAGCCGGAACAAAUUUGAUUGUUAACUAUUUACCGCAAGAUAUGACGGAUCGAGAGUUAUACUCAUUAUUUCGUCAUAGUGGACCCAUUGAAUCGUGUCGUGUGAUGAGAGAUUUUAAGACUAAUUAUAGUUUUGGCUAUGGUUUUGUGAAUUUCGUCAGCGAAAAAGGCGCAAGGCAAGCAAUCAAGACACUCAACGGCAUCACGUUACGAAACAAACGUCUUAAGGUUUCAUUCGCUCGGCCUUCGGGUGAAGAUAUUAAAGAUACAAAUCUUUAUGUGACAAAUCUUCCGCGAACUGUAAAUGAGGAUCUAAUCGAGACAAUUUUCGGCAAAUAUGGUAACAUCGUGCAGAAAAACAUUUUGAAGGAUAAAAUUAGUGGUAAACCACGAGGAGUUGCUUUUGUCAGAUUUAAUAAGCGAGAAGAGGCACAAGAAGCAAUUUCUGCAUUGAACAAUGUGAUACCGGAAGGUAGCAGCCAGCCAUUAACCGUGCGCAUUGCUGAAGAGCAUGGCAAACAAAAGGCGAACCUAUUCUAUGGGGGACAAUCGAUGUCACCGAUGAACAUGAUGAAUAACUACAUGAAUUUUAAUCAAGUGCCGUCGUCCAAUGUGAUGCGUGGAGCUGGAUCGGAUUUAUACAGCAGGAGAAAAAAUUAUCACUAUCUGUACUAACCAAAAAUAAAAAACAAUAACAAAAUCGUUACGAUUUGGACAAAAUACAAUACCGUCAUCAGCAAUCACCAGAGAUAAAUCCAAUACCCUAUCGGAUGUCUUUCAAUAAAAACCGUUUAAAAUACACACAAUGAAAAUAACAAUCAAUGCAAUUACAUAACGAUAUAAAAAUUUAUAACAAAAUAAAAAUGAAAAGAAGAUACAAAAAAAUGAACAAAUGCUAACGAAUACAAUAAAGCGUACAAUUGUAAUAAAUAAGCCCAAGGAUAAUAUCCCGCUAGCAAAAAAAAACAAACCAAAAACAAAUUCAAACCAAAAAAAUAUGUGUAAAUACACAAAAAAAUUGUUAAACACUAAAUUUCACUUGUAAAUCGAUCGAAACAAAAUAUAAUUGCUCCUCUUCGAUUUGAUAAUAAGUUUGUUAUACGAUGAUGCAUACAAAGAAAAAUGAAAUCCAAAAAUAUUUGAAAAAAAAAGUAAAAAUAACUAUUAAUACUAUAUUGUUGAAUUCAGUUAAAAAAUUGUGACCAGGAAAGGUAUAUCAAAUACUCGCGACAACCAAUGAAAUUCCUUCCAAAUGCAUUUAAUUCAAAGAUUUAAAAAAAACCAAACGAUCUUAUGCUAAAACUACGUACUAUUCGACAUAUGUUUUUUCUUUCAUUAAAUCCGCUAUUUUGAUUAUUUUCUGUCAUACUGUUCGAAUAUUAUUGAGGGAAAAAACAGAAGCCAGUACACGUGUUAUUCAUUGUCCCUUUCCAAAGAAAUAAAUAAUAAUUUAGUAAAUAGGAAUAGCCUCAAACCAUUUUGUGUUGGUUUUAAAACGAAAUUAAAAAAAAAAAUGUAUCAUAUGUCGAUAAUUUUCCAAUAUUUCGAAUUCCAAAUUGACACCGUUAGCACCGUUAGCCUUUAGCAGAGUAGAGUAGAAAUAAAACGCAUAUGUUAUAAAUAGCUAAACCGGACACAUUUAUCCAAUAAUUUAUAACAACUGAGAAAAAAAUAGUAUUCUUCUGUUUAGAUUGGAUGCGAUUCAAUCGAUGUGAGACAUAAAAUCGAAUUUUCAGCCAAUUCGGAUUUCUUUUUUAUUUACCAAAAUUAAAAUUGUUGAUAAAUGACGCCAAUAUAUAUAUUUGAAAAUUGGCCCCGAUGAAAUCGGAAUGAAUUACAAUUUUUAUCCGCUUUUUAAAUGAUGAUGUUUAAAGAUAAGGCUCGAUCUGGGACUGUAACCGGCACGAAUCAAUGUCAUUUUACUACCAUACAACGAAGUAGCAAAAGUAAUUCAAUUGAACGCAUUGUUUCAAAUUCGUGUAGUCACAAUUAUUAUUGUAAACAGAAAUGAACGGGAAUUGGUUAUUCCAUAGGCUUUUUUAUCGAUCAUUAUUUUUCUGCAUUCAAUGUUAAGUAAUUUUUUCAGCAUUUUCAACUCAAACAAACGCUUAGAUUUUGACUAUUGUAUUUAAACAAAAAAAAGGCAAACAUUCACAUACACACAUACACUGUUAGUUUGACCUAUUGUAUUAUGUAAAAAAAACAACAACCAAAAUUGUUCUUA